CCCAUUUGCCUUCGCUCUUCCCGCUUCCCGGUUUCACGUUUGUUGUUUAUAAUUUCUCAUUUCAUAUUUUAUUAAAAUUUUAGGAUUCUCUAUUGAGAGGGGGGAGAGAGGCUUGUUUAAGAGCGCGAACGUGGAACUAGUAGAUAAAGUAGUCGCAUCCUGUUGGGUUAGAUAAUUAAUUGGUAAUUAAUAAUCGAGGUGAGGUUAGGAAGGGAGCAUCGGGAGCAUCGAAGAAUCAAAAUGAUCUGCAGCAGCGGCGGCGAGUUGACUCGUAUACGAUGAACAAUAACUCCCUCUUGCAUCUCGGCGACGGUUGCGGCGGCGGCGGCGGCGGCGGCGGCGGAUCCUAAUCCAACCUCAGUCCUCUCUAAUGGACCCGACGGCUCGGCCGGCCGUCGUCAUCGACAACGGAACCGGGUACACCAAACUGGGAUUUUCUGGUAACUCAGAGCCAUCUUUCGUCAUUCCGACCGUUGUAGCUGUCAAUGAAUCAUUCCUAAAUCAGUCAGAUAUCUGUCGCAAUGAGAAUUGGGCAGCACAGUAUAAUGCAGGCAUAAUGGCGGAUCUUGAUUUCUUCAUUGGGGAGGAAGCUCUUUCUCAGUUCCGGUCUAGUGGCCUAUAUAAUCUACAUCAUCCUAUUAAUCAUGGUCUGGUUGACAAUUGGGAUACUAUGGAAAAAUUUUGGCAGCAUGGUAUUUUCAAUUACUUACGUUGUGAUCCUGAAGAACAUUACUUUCUUCUAACUGAUAGUCCUGUUAGUUCACCUGAAAGCCGUGAAUAUACCGGAGAAAUUAUGUUCGAGACAUUUAAUGUCCCAGGGCUCUACAUUGCCGUCCAAUCUGUCCUUGCUCUAUCUGCUGGAUAUUCAGUUCCUAAGUCUGAUAUGACAGGGGUCGUAAUCGAUAUCGGAGAUGGUUUCCCUCAUGUUGUGCCUGUCGUGAAUGGCUAUGUAAUUGGAAGCAGCAUAAAACCUUUUCCCGUCGCAGGCAAUGAUGUAACUCAAUUUGUUUUGCAACUUUUACAGGAAAGGGGGGAACUUAUACCGCCAGACGAAUCAUUAGAAAUAGCUCGUAAGGUGAAAGAAACGUAUUGCUACACUUGUACAGACAUUGUCAAGGAGUACAAUAAGCAUGACAGGAAACCUGAAAAGUACAUAAAGCAAUGGUCUGGCAUUAAACCAAAGACUCGGGUGCCAUACUCAGUUGAUGUUGGAUAUGAAAGGUUUCUUGGUCCUGAGAUCUUCUUUCAUCCUGAGAUUUUCUGUAGUGAUUUUUCUACUCCUUUGCCUGAUGUGAUUGACAUGUGUGUUCAGUCAUCACCAAUAGACACGAGAAGGGCUCUGUAUAAGAAUAUAGUCUUAUCUGGAGGAUCAACCAUGUUUAAGGACUUCCAUAAAAGAUUGCAGAAGGAUGUAAAGAAGAUAGUGGACGAUCGCAUCGCUGCAUCGAGUGCCCGACUUGGUUUGGAUGUAAAACCUCAACCCGUUGAAGUUAACGUUGUCACCCAUCCUAUACAGCGAUAUGCCGUUUGGUUUGGAGGUUCUGUAGUUGCAUCUAUGCCAGAAUUUUACCAGGCAUGCCACACGAAAGAAGAUUACGAGGAGUAUGGAGCCAGCAUAUGCCGCACAAGUCCUAUCUUCAAAGGGAUGUACUGACGCUUAGAACAAUGUUCCUUUAGUCAACUAUACGAUUUUAGCUCAUCUUUUGUGGUUGAAUAUAGCAAUUCUUUGAUCUCCAUUUAAAUUUUUUUCAGCUGCCUCGCAGUUAGGUAGUUAACGCCUUUAGUUCUUCGAUUUGUAAAUCAUACGUUGUACAAAGGCUUGGUUGUAGCGAAUCUCAUGUCAAAGGAAGUGUAUCUUUGAUGCUCUAGGAUAGUGGAAUACCAGUGAUUCAUUUUUGUUUUCUUCAGUUACUAGAAACCAGUUAUUUCAAUGGUUCCCAAUAGAUGUCAUUUAUUUUUCAAUGUUGCACUUGUCUUUGAGUAGUAUUAUAGAUUUUUGAAUUGGUA